GCCUUUUUCCCUUUGCUCUACUUUCUUAACUGCUCUCUUCCAAUUUUUGUUUUCAAGCAUAACUUUCUCCCUCUUCUUAUCCUCGGCUUUUCGUAUAUAAUUAUUUAGCAGCCUGGGUUCCAUAUUUGCUGCUUUGUUAAUAUUUGUAUCUUUGUUUGGGUUGAGAAUACUGGGUUUGAUUUGUAUUCCUUCAAUCCUAUAGCUAGGCUAUAGAAAUCAAACUAGUUUACUCAUGGAAGAGGCUAUCGUGGUAAACAAAGGAGAGGACCUCAUCGAUUUGCCUCCAGGCUUUCGAUUUCACCCCACGGAUGAGGAGAUUAUAACUUGUUAUCUUACGGAGAAGGUGGUGAAUAGCAACUUCAGUGCAAGUGCUAUUGGAGAAGCUGAUCUGAAUAAGUGCGAGCCCUGGGAUUUGCCAAAGAAAGCGAAGAUGGGAGAGAAAGAAUGGUACUUCUUUUGCCAGAGAGAUAGGAAGUAUCCAACAGGCAUGAGAACGAAUCGAGCAACGGAAUCUGGAUAUUGGAAGGCCACCGGAAAGGAUAAGGAGAUAUACAAGGGGAAAGGCCGCCUUGUUGGGAUGAAAAAGACCCUUGUGUUCUAUAAAGGAAGAGCUCCAAAAGGAGAAAAAAGCAACUGGGUUAUGCACGAGUACCGACUAGAAGGCAAAUUCGCCUACUACAACCUUCCCAGGGCUGCAAAGGAUGAAUGGGUCGUCUGCAGAGUUUUCCACAAGAACAGUACAGGAAUAAAAAAGACGUCAGUCCCAGAGGACCUGCUGAGGAUGAACUCCUUUGGGGAUGAUCUCUUGGAUUAUUCUUCACUCCCACCUCUCAUGGAUCCUCCAUUUUCCAACACCAUCAGACCGUCCCCUCCCUACUUCUCAAUGAGGGAUCAGAACCACCAUCAGCCGCUAAAGCAACAAGACCAUAAGAUCUUCCAGCUCCCCACCAAUAAUUACACCCCCAUCACCACUAAUUACCAAGCUAGUAAUCCUAGUUUAUAUCCUCAAACUCCCAGUUUCUCCUUUCAGGCAAAUCUAAACCCCGGUUAUUUGCACCAAGGCUAUGGCUUUGGAAUCGCUGAACAGGGUGUUUUAAGAGCGGCUGCAACCAACAGCGGAACAUCUGGCUUAGAAAGGCCGUGCAAGGUGGAGCAGUUCUCAUCUAAUCAGUCCAUGGUCAGCCGCUCGCAGGACACCGGAGUUAGCACUGACAUGAACGCCGAGAUUUCGUCUGUUGUUUCAAAGCAAGAUGUAGGAAGCAAUAGGCCUUACGAUGACCUUGAUCAGGGUCCGUCGAUUGGCCCCAUUCCAGAUUUGGAUUGCUUGUGGGACUACUGAAGAGUACAAAAGAAGCAGCCUUGAUCCUUCAUUUCUUAGGUUAUUGUUUGAUUUCAAAUAGUCGCUUCCAAUAGGCCGGUAAUUAUUAGUCAGAAGAUGCCCUUGGACACACAACACUAUAUAGAUUCAUGAUGUCCAAACCUUUUCCGAUUGCAUUUUUAUCAAUAGAAGAUACCAAUGAAAUAUUUCAUGAGCAUUAUUAACUCAUGUACUGUACAUCGAUCUAUAUAUUCUUUCGAUCCUUGUGUUA